AUGAACGUACGGGCCGUUGUCCGUGCAGCCAGCAUUUUGCAGUCGUUCACGGACAAGCCUUUGCAAUCGCUGGCGGAGAUCGCCGCGGCAACGGGGCUGGACAAAGGCACCACACGACGCAUCCUGGUUACGCUGAUCGGGUGCGGGUUCGUGGUUCAGGACCCCGUGACCCAGCGUUACGGGCUCGGAAGGGUCAUUCGCGUUCUGGCAUCGAACGUCGUCGACCAUUUCGACCUGCGGUCGGUUGCCGUGCCUGUCCUGACCGAGCUGGCGCACGAACUGCACAUGACGAUGUUCCUGUCGGUUUUUCAUGACCGCUCGGCGCUGUGUCUGGACCGAAUCCAUGACAUGACGGGGAUGGAAGUGCGCUGGUGGGCCGUCGGCGGAACCCUGCCCUUCAACAGCGGCGGCGCGCCGAAGCUGUUGCUGGCCUAUCAGACGCCGGAGACCAUCGACGCCAUACUCGCCGAACAGCCGCUGCCGCCGGUCAAUGACAGCGUGAUCGUCGAGAAGGCCGGUUUCCGGGCCCGGCUCGCCGAGAUCCGAAAGCGCGGGUGGGAGUUCGCUGUCGAUGACGUGGCCGAAGGUCUUGCGGCACUGGCCGUGCCGGUGCUUGCCGAGGACGGUUCGAUCAUCUGUGCCCUGUCGAUGGCCGGACUGACACCGCAGAUGGUCAUCGGAGACCGGCCGGCUCACCUCGACAUGAUGCUCGAUGCCGCAAAACGCGUGCGUGCGGCGCUCGGCGUUCGCGAGCGGCCGGCCAGCGAGUAA